AUUUUGUUUUCAUCACGUGACACGUCAUCUGAUGAGCAAAGCAGGAUAUGUAGCAAGAAAACAGCCCGACACAUUUUAGCUGCUUAUACUCUAUAUCAGCCAUGAAUCUUGUUUUUAAUGGAAUACAUCAUUUACUAAGAUUGUGGAUGGUCUAUGUGUCUCUUUUCAUAAACCAUGGAUUAGCCGGUAAAAUGAAGAUAGUCGAGGAGCCUAACACAUUUGGGUUGAAUAAUCCCUUCUUGGCUCAGGGAAGCAGACUACAGCCUAAAGUAAACCCAACUCCAGUAUCUGGCCCUGCACAUCUUCAUCGGCUUGCAGGAAAGUGCUUUAGUUUCACAGAAUCAACAUAUAAAUAUGAAUUCUGUCCAUUUCACAACCUCACCCAACAUGAGCAGUCGUAUAGAUGGAACGCUUACAGUGGCAUACUGGGGAUCUGGCAGGAGUGGGAAAUAGUAAACAACACCUUCACAGGCAUGUGGAUGAGAGAUGGGGAUACGUGUGGAACUCGAAACAGGGAAACAAAGGUGAUUCUUGUCUGCAGUUCAAGCAGUAAGCUGGCUCAAGUCUCUGAGCCCAGUACCUGCUUGUACUCCGUAACCUUUGAGACCCCACUCGUCUGCCAUCCACAUUCUCGAUUAGUGUACCCAACACUAAGUGAGAACCUGCAAAGAGAGUGGGAUGAAGCUGAGCAGGCUCGCUAUGAAGAUCUAAUCACUGAGCAGGGUUACAACAAUCUUCUGAGAGAUAUUUUUGAGGAUGCUGGUCUCUUAAAAAGCCAAAAAGUGAAAAUAAAGGCACCAGAAACUGCAGCUGAUUCAGAAACCCACAACUCCUUACAGAAAUGCACAGAGGAUUUCCAAAAACAAAGAGAAGAGAUUGAGAGACUGCGUGCGCUCCUUACUCAACACAACAUUCCUCUUGAUUCAAAGCAAAGUAAGAGAACUACACCAGGACAUAAUUUGCCAUUUAAGCUUUAUCAGAGUGUGAAUUGUGUUAUAUCUUUACCAGAUGUCCCAGAUGAACCAAAAAGCACAGCAAGUGUGACAGUGAAGGAUCCACACCCAAGAGGAGACACUGGCCUCAUAGACAUGCUGUGACCAUCGCUUUGAGUAAAUCAGCGUCUCCAGUCUAACAGACACUGACUGAAGAUUUGUCAAGGGACGGAGACACUUGCUGGACAUUACUGCAGGUCAAGCAAGUGACAAGAGAACACUGGACCCAGUUGUGGAUUACAAACUUGGAAGACUUUUCUCUUUGACGUCGCAACUCUCAUCUAGCUUUUCAAGACUCUCGUGAAAGGAUAACAUUUUUAAUGGAUCGAUAUCUGUAAAACUGCAACAUAUUAAAAAAUAAAGGAGGUUUUUAGAGGAAAUUGACAUUUUUUGAGAUGGGUUAAAAGCAGUAUUCAUGCCUCAGUAAUUGAUUAUGCAGUUUUAAAAGCAUUCUACUUGAGAAAAUUGACUCUCUAAAUUUGUAAUGUCUGGAAGCUGAAUCCUUGAGUUGAAGAACUGGUAAAUUUAGGGGCGCCGUUCACCUAGCGGCUUAUGCAUGCAGAGGAUAUAGUCCUUUUUGCAGCGGUUACUGGUUUGGCUCUCAGCCUAGACCAUUCGCUGCGUGCCUUACACCACUCUCUACUCCUCAUAUUUAUUAGCUGUCCGGUCAAAUAAAGGUGAAAAUGCCCAAAAUUAUAUCUUAAAAAAAUAAUGAAAUGGUAUAUUAAGUUAGUGUAUGUGUCAGGACCAAAAUUACAAACAGUAUGUGAAACCAAACAAAUUAAGGUGUGGGUCAGUACACUGAGAAUACCGUAUAUUUAUUAGCAUCUUUAGAGUAUUAGUGUAUUUGGGUUAAUUUUCAUACAUCCAUAAAUACAGGGGUGGUGAUGUCACCAGCUUUUGGCUACACAUAGAGACUAUUACUUCCCUAAAAAUGUGUAACUUUUAAGUUCCAAGUUGUAACAUGUACUAGUGAGAAAAACAUGUUGUGUUCCACAGGAUGCAGCAAAUAUUAAAGUGAUAAUUCCACAUUAA